AUGGAUUUUCAAUAUGAUUCAGCGCUUGAUAACAAAGACGAAAAGAAGAUUCGUCUCCUCCAGAUUUUGCCGCCCAAAGAAGCCCCCUCAUUCAGCGUUACCCCCGAGUUUGUCCUUACGACACAUAAUAUCAGCGAAGUUCCGAAAUACCAAGCACUAUCGUACACAUGGGGUCCGCCAGAAGAUGGAAUAGAAGCGUACAAAUGCGAAAAAAAGACUAUACUUAUCAAUGGAGGUCUAUUCCUUGUGUUGUCAAACUUGAUGGAUGCCCUGUGCCAUAUCCUACAAGCCUGGGAUUCGGCUGACCCCGUUCCACACAUAUGGAUCAAUGCGAUUUGUAUUAAUCAACAGAACCCGAUUGAGCGCGGCCUACAAGUACAAUUUAUGAGCGAGAUAUAUCAAACGGCAAGCCAGGUACUCAUAUGGCUUGGCAAGUCAAAUAUGGAGAGUCGAACUGCAUUCGACUUUAUACGGAAGCAAGGAGAUCUUUCUCGUAUUGCGUAUCAGCAAUGUAUGCAAAACAAUAGUGGGCUUUAUGCUAGCGUUUUCCAUGCUCUUUGCCAGGUUCUAAACCGACGUUGGUUCACACGCAUAUGGACGCUGCAAGAGUUUGCCUUCGCUUCAGGAUUCGACGGUCCGCUGAUGAUCUGUGGUCGAGAUCGUUUACAAUGGCGCUUGUUCUAUAUCCUGGGUUACGUCGAUAAUGAGUUCCGCAAUCGCUAUCUAGAAGAAAAGCAUUCAGGUCCUCUAGCAGGACAUUUUUGGAAAGCUCAGGAAUACUGGAGCAUUGUUUCUACCUUGCAUAAGAUGCGGCAGGAUAUUGGUAUUGGAUCUGGCUAUCACCUUCCUUAUCUUCUUCAAGCAACAAGAUAUUUUGCCUCGACGGAUCCACGAGACCGGGUCUAUGCUCUUCUUGGGCUUGCGGAAGGCGAAUACCGACGAGAAUUAAAAGUUGUCUACGAAGACAACGUAGACGAUUCAGACGAUGUUUACGUGAAAGUUUAUAUCAACGCUGUCAAAUGCAGCAUUGAAAUAGACAACAGCCUUAACAUCGUUGCACUUCAGACAUUACAAAAGAAGAUCAAAGGUUUGCCAUCAUGGGUACCAGACUUCUCCUUAACAAACAUCAGGGGCUAUAGUCAUCUUCUGCCACAAGACCUCGAGGUGCCACAGAUGAAAUCUCGACUGCCAAAAGGCUUUUGGGCCCAGUACUUGGCAUCCGGCCGUUCACAGCCACUGAUACGCUUUUCAGCGAAUAACAGACAUCUAUCUAUUAAGGGAGUCAAAUUCGGUCGCGUUUGCGAAGUAAUUGGACCGUUUAAUUCUCUUGAAUCGUAUCUUCAAAAGGUACAACAAUGUACUUCUCGAGCCGCCCUCAGAAGAUUACCACGUGGGCAUCCACACCGCGGACUUCAUUACCUCUGUUAUCGCUCUCGCGCGUCGAUAUGGCGAGUUCUCGUCGCAAAUAAAGAUGAGACUGGACAUGUCCCUGCUCCUAACUGGUAUGAAGACGUAAUCAAAGCUAUGCUUAGCGGCGGCCAUAUUACAGAUGCAUUGGGAGUUAAUAGGACGAAGACUGAAUUGCCACAUCUGGCCUUGGUACAGAAAAGCCUUGCAGCGGCGAUUUCAGAUCGCAAAUUUUUUAGGACUGACUUUGGCUUCGUUGGGAUUGGUCCAGACAACAUUAAAAAUGGAGAUCUUUGA